AUGUCAAGCACAUUGAACGACUACGCUAUUAAGGGUAUUUUAUCAGUUGGUGAACAAUUAUAUUUAAACAAAGAUACGGCCGAUUUCCAUUUUAUUUGUAAGUCAGCCGACGGAAAAGAUGAACGCAUUCCCGUCCACAAAUUGCUUCUCGGCAGCGUUAGCGAUGUUUUUCGAGCGAUGUUCAGUGAUUCAUGGAAAGAAAAAAUCGACGUUGUAAUUCCCGACGCUAACGCCACGGAAUUUAAGGAAUUUUUGCAAUUCUUUUAUUUGGGACGGGCAAAAUUAACGAUGGACAAUAUUGCCAAGGUGAUGUAUCUUGGCGAUAAAUACAAC